AAGGACGGUCAGUAUUGGCAGAGAUUAGAGGAGAGAUUGCCGAAUGCCGAUGAGCAUGGGCGAAAGCGUGCCGUGCGAUAUGCAGUCGUAAGCUAGCGCCGCCCUGCCGUUUUCGCUCCGAACUAUACGCAUCUAGAAGCAGCGGAGAAGUAGGGGCGGCCGUACGCAACUAGCUUCCCCACCAGCAGCAGCGGCGAAGAGGCCCUGGCCACAUAGACGCGUAUGCGAGCGUCUGCAUGCGUACGCGUGCGGAGAAGUCACUAAGAAAAUGUGGUGAUUUUUCAUGGAGCCAACUCUCCAAAAUAACCAUGUUUCUGGUAGUGUAUGAACGAACGCUCCAACUGUGUCGAUCAGUUUUGACGGCGAUUUCAUCUUCUGCUUGGAUCUGCUUGUAUACACCUAACCUCAAGCGUAAAUGCUCUUCCAAAAAUACGUAUUUAAAUAGACACAGCGUUGUUUACAUUUACAAAUUGGCCUUUGCGUAAUUACUGAAUAUUCAAGAAAUGAAUAAUGAAAAUUAUCUGGAAAUCGGAGUACUACUAGUAGAAUUGAGUCAACAGGUGAUUGAAUUGAAGCAAUACCUUGCUCGAAGAAGAAAUAAGUUCAGGAAAUGGUGGAGCAAACCACUGAUUCGACAAAACUAUCUAACAGGAUAUGGUGGUUACGCAAUGACCUUUCAGUAUUUUCAACUUAAUGAUGAGGAGCAAUUUAUAAAUUUCACCCGGAUGAAUGUUCAGACAUACAUGUAUGUGUAUGAACUUGUUAGAGAAAGAUUGGUCAAAAGAAGUCGAAGACCACCUUUGCCACCAGAGCUGAGAUUUUCUUUAACUUUAAACUAUUUGGCGCAUGGUGAUUCAAUUAGAAAAAAUGAAUGGUUUUAUAAUAUUGGAUUGUCUACUGUCAAACAAGUAAUACCAGAAGUAUGCACUGUUUUAUGCGAAGUACUCAUGCCACUAUUCCUCCCAUUUCCUUCACGUCAACAAUUUCAAGUCAUAGCAAAUGAAUUUAUGGAAGAUUUGCAUUUCCCAAAUUGCAUAGGAGCUCUUGACGGAAAACAUUGUAGAAUUAGGAAGCCUGGAGGUAGUGGUAGCUUAUUUUUCAACUUCAAAAAUUUCCAUAGCAUAGUUCUGAUGGCGUGUUGUGAUUCGAAGAAACGUUUUAUUUGGGCAAAUAUUAGAGAUUAUGGAUCUUGCAAUGAUGCAAGCGUAUUCGCUGAGAGUGAUUUUGGAAAUGUUUUAUUAAAUAAUCAGAUCCAGCUACCGCCUUCACAACCAUUGCCAAACACACACAUCCAAAGUCCAUAUGUGUUAAUUGGAGAUGGAGGCUUUCCAUUGAAAGAUGGAAUGAAGCCUUUUCUAAGAAAUGAGAACAUAACAAUACCGCACCGAGUUUUUAAUUACAGACUGAGUCAUGCACGUAGAAUAAUUGAAAGUGCUUUUGGAGAAGUGACUGAAAGGUGGUUAGACAACGAAUCAAGUUUAAAAUGGAAGCUAGCAACAUCAGAAAGGAUAAUUAUAAGCUCACUAUGUCUUCAUAAUGUUAUAAAAGACAACGAGGUAGGAAACAGAUGGAACAAUAAUCAUGGAAUCGUACCCAUUUUUCAACACCAGGAUAUUAACAGAGAUCCCCUUGGAGCACAUAGAAUACGUGAACAGUUAUGUGAUUAUUUUAUUUCUCCUGCUGGGUCUGUCCCAUGGCAGUGGGCAAGAAUGUAAAAAUGUACCACAAAAGAAGAGUAAAGCAGAAUGUUCAGUGCAGCUAAAAAUACAAGAGGGUAAAUUUUAAGAAAAUAUUGUAUUUGAUUUUUUUUAAUAUAACAAACAGAUGAAGUAAUAAUUUAUAAAUUUUCAAAAAUGUGCAACUCAAAUUAUUGCAAUUUUAUAAUAAAAUGGUAAAAAUCAUGUUUUUGUAUUAAAAUUAAAUAUGUAUUCUUUUA